AAGAUAGCUUGCUAACGUCACAGGUCUUGUGAAAGCAAAACAUAUUUGUAGAAUUCUCAACAAACGCUUCAGGAAACCGAACAAGUGAACAGAAUUUCAUAUGUGAAAACACCCUUAGUUUGGGGUGAACAAUUCUAAUUCAACAUCUAACUGAUGUUCCAGGGAGAGUUGGACAGGGAGCGUUUCAGCUGUGACCUGAGGAGGACUGUAGAGACAGAGACGGGCUAUAGGGCCACACUCAGGGUACAUGUCAGUAAAGAUCUGCGCGUGUCAGGGUGUUAUGGCUCGUUCGUCCCCGGGCCCAACCCCGCCCACGUCGCCAUGGCAACCCUUGAUUGGCGGACGACACUGGCCGUUGAGUUAACACACAGCAGAGCUCUGGACGAAAAGAGGGGCGUGGUCGUACAGACCGUCCUGUCCUACACCAGCCAGCAGGGAGAGAGGAGGACCAGGGUCCACAGUCUGUCUCUGUGCUGCUCACACCACCUACUGGACACCUUCUGUAACUGCCAGGCCCAGACUCUGCUCACCUUCUACUGCAAGAAGAUGUACUGUGCCGUGUUGGAGCGCCCUCUACAGGAGCUGAGAGAGGAACUGCAGACAGAGGUAACAGAGUCCUUGGCCUGCUAUAGGAAACACUGCAGCGCCUCCUCUGUGUCCCCAGGACAGCUGGUCCUACCCCAGUACCUGAAGACCCUGCCAGUCUACCUCAACAGCCUGAGGAAGAGUGAAGUUCUGCUACCUGGCCUCCGCAGUUCAGUACACCAACGCCUGCAGCUCCGCUGUCAAGUGGUCUCCAUGGAUACCAAGACCACAGCAGGACACUUCUACCCUCUGCUGCUACCACUGCCAGUAGGUGGCAAUACCUCCAGUCCUCUCAGCCUAGGGGAGGCUGUUCGCUGCACUGCUGCUAGCCUGGACCAUGGAGGUCUCUACCUGGUCCACGGACCCCUGGUUCUGCUACUCUGGGUGGGCCACAACGUCUCCAACACCUCCCUGGUCCAACUCUUCAACAUCACCUGUCUGUCCACACUACCCUCUGGAGAGACGAAGCUGCCUGUGCUGGACAACCCUCUGUCUGUUAGUGUGAGGUCACUCAUCAACACCCUGAACUCGCAGACACACUAUACUCGCAAGCUGCGUGUGGUGAAGCAGGGGGACAGCUGUGAGGAGGCUCUACAGCGCCUCCUGGUAGAAGAUAAGAGUCCCAACGGGGGAGCGAGCUACGCUGACUUCCUGUACCACCUCCAUGUCAACUCUAUACAACUGCUGGUUCGUUAGUUGUAAAAUGUUUUGAACUGGAAACGCAAACGUUGGUUUCUUAUUGGACAAGUCCAGCUAAUCCCUCCCAUGUUUCACUCAGCUUUUCUUCUGUUUGGUGCCUAAUGAACAUGACCCUGGUGUUUUCAGCAGUAUGGCCAGGGGUUUUACAGAUCACCUCUGAAUGAUCAUAUCCUUAUUUGACUUACAGUAUGCAACUGGUUGUUAUACUUGAGGGCAUCAGCAAAUGGUCAUGUCUUAUUUGUUUGACCGUUGUAUUAAUAACUUUUCAAAUCAAAUAACAUGUUAUUGGUUAGCAGAUGUUAUUGGUCACAUACACAUGGUUAGCAGAUGUUAUUGGUCACAUACACAGGGUU